AUGCUUGUUCGUUUUGGUUACCACUCCGCAACGGCAUUCGCCUCGAGAUUCAACAGAAUGAAAAGCUCAACGAUUUUGGCCUGGUGGGCUUUGACCGCUGGCCAGGGGGUGAUUGCAGCAAGGGUGAAGCUUCAUGUUCCUAUUGUGGACUUGGACUAUGCGGUUUACGAAGGGUAUCACAACUCAACUUUCAACACCAAUGUUUUCCGAGGACCUGCCGCGGUCAACUUCACACAGGACGUACUGGGUGAUGAGGACUGCCUCUUUCUCAACGUCUUUGCCCCGGUCAGGGCGAAGAAGCUGCCUGUUUUGGUAUGGAUUCAUGGCGGCGGCUAUGGGCUCGGCUCCGCUGCUAGCUUUGACUUCUCCCACAUGGCCCAGACCGUCAACAACGGCUUCGUCAGCGUUGUGAUCCAAUACCGCCUUGGAGCUUUUGGCUUUCUUUCGUCGGCAGAAUUAGUAGAGAACGGGGGAGUUCCCAACGCUGCUCUGCACGACCAGCGGUUUGCCUUGCAAUGGGUGCAGAAGUACAUUGAUCUGUUUGGCGGCGACCCAGACCAGGUCACAAUCUCGGGCGGGUCAGCAGGCGGUGGAUCAGUGAUGUUGCUUGCGAUGGCAAACAAUGGAACAGAGGGGAACUCGUUGUUCAGACGCGGAAUCGCGAGCAGUCCUUAUUUGCCUACUCAACCCAACUUCGACGAUGGCCUGCCAACAGAACACUACCGCCAACUCGCCCGUCGCACCAACUGCCUCAACGCCACCUCUGUCUUCUCCUGCCUCCGAAACGCUGACACGUUGCUCCUGCAAAACGCCUCCUCAGCAACAAGCUACUCUGCCCGGUUCAACCAGUGGGCUUUCAUCCCUGUGACCGAUAACAAGCUCAUCUUUUCCUCCCCCACCGAGCAGCUCUCUGCAGGCAAAGUCAACGGGGAGGCCUUCCUCGCUGGUAGCAACUCAAACGAGGGCUACUACUUCACCCCCCAAAACAUCACCUCCCAAUCCGCCUUUCUCUCCUUUGUCACCCUCAACUACCCUUUCCUAUCCCCCGAGAACAUCUCCUCCAUUCUCUCCCUCUACACCCCCUCCCCUCUCCCCGCCGACACUCCCCUCUUCGAAACCGACGGCCUCAACCCCCCUUUUGCGACUGAGAUGUCAGCAGUUGGGAAGGGCUGGCAGCAGGCAGCGAAUAAUUUGUAUGCAGAAACAACAUUUGUCUGCACGGCGUACUGGCUGGUGGAAGCGUACGGGGAGAAAGGAUGGCAGUAUCAGUUCUCCCCUCCAGGGGCAGGGUUUCACGGGAGUGACAACGGGCCUUUGCUGCAGGACUCCAAGAUUGGGAGGAGUGGGACGGUGAUGGAUGAGGAGUUUAGACGGGGGUUUCAGGGGGUUUGGGGACGGUUUGUGACUAGGGGGGUGCCGACUCUGGAUGGGCAGGGGAGGGGCGGUGGCGGAGGCGGUGAGGGAGGGGGGUAUGGAAAGCGGGAGGGAGGGACUCGUUGUUGA